AUGUCCUACUUGCUUCAUGAAGAUGGCGAGCAUAUCGUCGAUGAUUAUCCUGGGGAUACCUCUGUUAUAUUCGGAGCAUUCUAUGAUAAGGAAACGAACGAACUUGAACCAUGGCGGACUAUCCCGCGUAGCAUGGACUUGUCCAUGUAUAUGCGUGUCGUGCCCGGUCUCCGCCGUGGAUCCAGCGUGCGAGAGUACCGAGUACUGUACGACUCCGCGAUCCGUCCACAUGCGAAAGUCAACUGUCCUUGGUCUGUCACCAUAGCGCUGUACGGCUUCGUGGACUCGAUGAACUUGUCCGUAACCGGAAAUUGGGACCAGACACUCGGAGGUGCAGCUAAAGCCAUCCAGUGGAUCAAACUCACCGGUGGACAGUUCUGUAAUCCGUUCAAGGCGCAAGGGUCCGCGUUAGCGCAUCUGGAGCAACACGUCAUCGGUACC